AUGGCAUCUACAGGUAUACUAUGCGGCGAUGCGCAGGAGACUGCCAUUGGGGUGUGGGAAUUGCAUGUAUUGGAGACUUGGAAAUCCCACCCAAAGGAAGGCAAAUGCGCUGAUCGGUCACAGCAAUUUUCGAAUGUCUACCUCAUCGCUGUACCACCUCACAUAAAGAUCAAGACCAUGAGACCAGGGCGGCGCAUGGAAACGCAAAUGAUUGCUGGAUACGUGGAUAAAGGAGCCCAGAGGGUGUGUGGAGUUUUCAUUGAGUCGCCAAUGAGCAACAAUCUACGCAAGUUUCACCAACAAGUCUACCACUCUACCACUCUACGUCAAUAUACAAUUCCGAACGAUGCAGUAGAGAGAAACCUCCCACCGGCUUGGGGCAUUGAGCAACCACACGACCAAAUACAACAACUCCAGGUCACCGGUCACUGUUCAGUGCAACCAAAAACUACACCCCGAUUCCCCGAAGAACAUCGGCCUGUCCAUCGUCCGAAGUACGCCGCCGUCUCCAGCGGGACUGCUAUGAAGACCCUCCCGACUGUCAGGGGGAGCCCGCAGCAGCAAAAUCCAUUUCAGGGAACGAUCCGGGUACGCGCCGACGACUUCCAUUCCGUUCCAAAAUUGGCAGCUCCAGCGCCAAAACAUGAAAGUCAAAAGAACCGACAUUCAAGAGACGAAGAGAUUCAGAUCACAUACGGCAAUGGAUGGACCACAAGAGCCCAGCAGGACAACCCCAGAUACUGA